GUAAAAGGUGGUGUUGUGGUUUUAGUUAGAGAUGUGAUGGCCGCCUUGAGUUUACUAACGAGAAGACGGCUGCCACAUGUCUUUUCGCAAUUCGUACGUGUUUCGAGACUCGUCCGACCGACUCCUCAGCACGGCGGAGUCCCGGCGAGGAGGCUCCAUGGAGCAGCGCGGCUCCGGCUCACCGAGAAAGGAGCAUGGGGCAAGAGCCGGGCUCCGGAGCAGCACUACCAGCUCUCUGAACUGGAUAAGGCGGAUGCCUUGAUGCUGAGAAAGUCGCACGAAACAGGAUUCCUGUCAUGGUUCAGAAAUGGUCUUCUGGCCACCGGGAUUGGAGUCAUUGCCUUCGUUCAGAGUGAAGUGGGACGAGAAGCAGCAUACGCCUUCUUUAUCCUUGGCGGAGUGUGUGUGUCAUUUGGUGGUGCUUCAUACAUCGGUAGUCUGUUUGCCCUGCGGAGGCUCAUGUUGCUCUCCCUGCCGGUGGUGCUCCUCCAUGGAGGUGUCGUGAGCAGUGUUGCCCUCUUCUGGCUGUGUGCAGUAUCUCUCUACAUUGGCCGACUGGAGGUUGAGAUCAUCCACGAUCCAGAGGAGGAAGAUAAUGUUGAAGAGUGUCAGGAGUGCCGUGAGAAAGGCGGGCGCCAAUGCUACUGUGGUGCCCAUGAUAAAAGACAGCAUGUCAAUGAGGACAAUGACAAUAAAGGCCAGAACAAAUAGAGGUCUGCCAAUGACACAGAAAGAGAUGUGUGCAGAGCGUGUGUUGCUUUGAAUCAGGGUCUCCACUUAUUUGUGAGUGUGUGCGUGCAUGUGUGUGUGCGCUUACAUGUGACUGCAUGUGUGCACAUGUGUAUGUAUGUAUGUAUGUGUACCCUUGUCUUAGACUUCCACAAAUGUAAACCUGUUGUGCUUAGUUCUGCUGAAGUGAGAAUGUGGUUAUCAAAAGGGUAAAAUGACUUGUAUACCUUUUGAAUUACUGUUGAGACCUGCUGAUGAAAAUCCUUAUCUGUUCUUUAAUAUGCUGAUAGUAGGGGCUCAUUUACUUUUUGCUGCUUUUUUUACACAGCACGGUGGUGCAGUGGUUAGCACGGUCGCCUCACAGCAAGAAGGUUCUGGGUUCGAGCCCUGGGGUAGUCCAACCUUGGGGUCGCCCCGGGUCGUCCUCUGUGUGGAGUUUGCAUGUUCUCCCCGUGUCUGCGUGGGUUUCUUCGGUUUCCUCCCACAGUCUAAAGACGUGUUGGUCAGGUAAAUCGGCCAUACUAAAUUGCCCCUAUGAAUAUGUGUGUGUGUGUGUGUGUGUUUGUGUGGGCCCUGUGUGAUGGCCUGGCGGCCUGUCCAGGGUGUCUCCCCGCCUGCCGCCCAAUGACUGCUGGGAUAGGCUCCAGCAUCCCCGCAACCUUGAGAGCAGGAUAAGCGGUUCAGAUCAUGGAUGGAUGGGUUUUUUUUUCUUCUUUUGCUUAUAAGCAGAUGUUUUCAAAGUUGCUUCAGUAUUCUCAAUCAAACAGUCUGCUCAAUAAUUGCUGUUUCAUUUGAAAUGUUAUACAGUCUCUCCCUCUUUUCAUCACACAUGCAAACAGUGCCUCUGACUGAGAGGUGAGCAUUUUAUUCUCGAUAAAGUUUACUUUUUACUACUUUAAUUACUAUUGCUAUUAUCUAGCCAACCAACUACAGUAUAUUACCAAAUGGAUCCACAAAACCCACCAUCCUCAUUCAUGGCUUCCUUAGCAACACUGUUAAAAAACACAGCUGCUUUAAAAAACACUGUAAUUGCCACAACUCUGUCAGCUUGGUGGAAAGUUCACAAUGUCACCUAGUUCACAUACACCCACUUGGUACAACCCAGAUUUUCUCGUUAACAAAUCGCCCAUGACAGGCACCAAAUGGAAGGAAAAAGGCAUAACACAUCCACAACACAUCUGUUUACUUAUCUUCCAACAGUUAAUGCAAAAGUAUGGCAUUGGGAAUAUUUACAAUAACUCAAUUAAAUCAUGCGAUCAAGACAAGAACCAGCAGCACCAAUAGCAACCUUAAACCACCACCCCUAUUAGACAAGAUCAAUAAAAUGACUAACUCAAACAAACUUCUGACAAAAUUAUGCAAACUUUUAUCUUCCACCGACUCCGCCAUACUUCUUGCAAUAAAUAAAAGGGAAAAAGAUCCUAACAUCAGCACCGAUAAUGACUUCUGGACUCAAAUAUGCAAAAACACCUUCAACAUGCCUAAGAACACUAACACAAGGCUAAUUCAGUACAAAGUUACUCACAGAGUACAUAAUACACAACACAAGAUGCACAUGUAUGGGACUUACUGGGUCAGACAUAUACACUCGCUGUACACUUAACACAACAGGCCGCUACUUCCAUGGACUUGGUCCAACACUUCUGGAAAGAAACAGCCACUAAACUAUCACUGUUGGUUGUUGUGCAUACUAGGAGACCUGGGUUUACUUGACACAUCACAAAAGCACAUCACAACGACUCCACUGGCAGCCCUAACUGUCGCCAAGAAGACUAUGUUAUGAAACUGGAAAAACCGAAAACAACUCACCAUCUCACUGUGGUUACAUCUUGCAACAGAACAGGUUACACUGGAACAAAACUCGGCCUUACAAAAUAAACAAAAAACAAAACACAAUCUGAACAAUUCAGUGAGAAGUAUUCAAAACUUCUCAAAUCUCUUGAUUUGCUGGUGAGCUAGUGCCACAAUAAGCCCAAACAAACAACACUUAUGAACAUUCACAUACAUACGCCAACACAAAUAACAUCACACAUACUAUAUAUGCGGUGUGCAAACACACUCUUCAGAGGCAGACAUACAAGUGGAAACACAGACAAAAACACACAUUGAAACCGUUUUUUAGCUUUUGCCGUAAUUUUAAUUGAUAUUAUUAUUACUGUUGCAUAAUGAUAUAUGGAAAUUUCUUUCUCCCUUUAUUUUUAUUUAUUUACUCAAUCCCCCCCUCAUUUCUUUUUUUUAAUUUUCUACCGACCGUCCUUUUUUUCCCUUCCUACUAUUACUGCUGCCACAAAUAUUAUCGAUGACUCAAAUACUUUUAUGGCUAAACUCACUGCACACAGCUGCUUCCCCAUCAUCUCCAUGCACAUCUACAGUCCAUGUCUUUAUUUCUAUAUUCUACAUGCUGUUAACCUGUGUCCACCCCUACCUUCCUGUUUGUGUGUCAUUCCCGUGUCUUUGUUGUCAUAAAUAAAGGAGAAAAAAAAGUUUACUCUUUAGAGCACUGUUCACAGUCCUUCCUGCUACGCUGUUGAACUGAAAUGACUCAGCCAACUUUUGCUGUACUUUUGUACAUUUCCUCGAGGCUGUUAAUUAUGAUAGCCUCAUUUACUCCAAUAUUUCUGUGGAGGACUCGAGUAGUCGGUUGUGGACAUGCCAUGUGAUGUUCAAUGUAUGAUAUGGGUUUCUCUCUUUCAGUCUUUCUUUUUGUGUUAUCUCUAUUUUGUAUUCCAUGAGGCCGUGGAAUUUUUUUCAAAGGUUUAAAUAUUCAUGUGAAAUUUGUUUUGGGGUUUUUGUUUUUUUUGCAAUAGCACUUUGACAGGUUUUGUUUGUCAUUACAAUAAGUAAACUUGUAGAAACAAUGAAUAUUUUUUUCACAGAAAAACACGCCAGGUUGGCUAAGGAGAGUUUGCUGUAUUCAUAUUUAUCUCUAGUUCUGUUGGCUUUACUUUGACCGGAAAGUAAAUAAAACCCAAACAUCGGUGUGCUAAGAACCUUUGGAUUUGGAUAAACAUUAUGAGAUGGAUAGAGAUCUUGAUUGAACGACUUACAGCAGCAGUACAGACUAACGGCGCGAUCUCGUCUUGUUUUAUGUCGUGCAGAGGGACACGUUAAGGAUCUUGUCAGCUCUCUUUUGCUGAGCUCUUGAACUGCUGGCAGAAGCGAUACGUAGAAACCUCAG